UAACAAGCCAGUGAAAAAAACGAGACCGAAACUCCACGUGUUUGCAGGCAUGGGCCUUUGCAUCCGGAACUUGUCUCCAUUUGUUUCACCCUUUCCUCUCCCUCUUUCACCACACACAUCUCUCUCCUCUCCGAUAUGGCUGACCGAACAAGCCCUAGCCACAUCCAACAAAGACUCUACGGCUCAACCAUCGCCCCUCCUCACGGUAACAACAUUAACCAUCCAAUCGCAUCUUUCCUCCGUCAGCUACAAUCACAAUCUCCUGAGCACUCCCGCCAGCGCUUCGGCCUCCUUGCAUUCUUUAUCUCCUGUGGAAUCCUCCUCUUACUCACCGGAAUUACUUUGACAGCUUUCGUCCUUGGAUUCAUCGCUUUCCUUCCAAUCAUUAUCAUCUCAAGCCCUAUAUGGAUCCCUCUCUUCCUCCUUGUUACAGGAUUCUUGUCUGUUGCCGGAUUCCUAUUCAGUACGGCGGCUGUUAUGUCGUGGAUGUACCGGUAUUUUAAAGGCAUGCACCCGGUGGGGUCGGAACAAGUGGAUUAUGCUCGGAGUCGGAUCUAGGACACGGCGGCUCAUGUUAAAGAUUAUGCUGGUGGGUACUUCCAUGGUAAGCUGAAAGAUGCAGCACCUGGUGCAUGAAUAGCUUUACCGGUUACGGUUUGGUUCCAUGUAGAAAUUAAUCUUUUAUGUUUUCAGCUAUGUUGUUUUUGUUUUGUCUCUUUUGGUAUGGACAUCAAUGAUGUAUAAUGAGAUCGAUAUAAACUCUGAAAUGUCUUUGAAAUUAACAGUUA